CAUUUCAAUGACUUAUAAACAGCACAAAUAAACAGUGAGAAGAGAUCGCGCUCUUGUUUCCUUGCCCGUCUUGUAUCUGCUAGACCGAACAGUGCGGCCUCUCUCUCUCUUUCCCCUUCACAUUUCUUUUGCAACUCACAAUCAAGAAAAAGCAGAUCCAAGGUGGUGCUGGUGGUUAAGCUGUCAAUCCAUCAAUCAAUCAAUCAACUUGACCAAUCAUCAAUAAAUUUUUAAAGGAAGAGAAAAAUAAAAAUGUCCUCCUCUUCUACCUUGUCUUUGGACCACCUUCCGCCCUCCGAGCAGCUCUGUUAUGUCCAUUGCAACAUUUGCGACACUGUCCUCGCGGUGAGUGUUCCCUGCACCAGUUUGUUCAAGACUGUUACGGUAAGAUGUGGCCAUUGCACCAACCUCCUGCCAGUGAAUAUGCGAGGCUUGCUUCUGCCUUCGGCUAAUCAGUUUCAUCUGGGUCACUCUUUCCUCUCUCCUUCCCAUAACGUUCUGGAAGAGAUACCGAAUCCAACCCCAAACUUCUUGAUUAACCAAACCAAUUCGAGUGACUUAACCAUGCCUGUUCGGGGAGGAGUCGAUGAGCUUCCACGGCCCCCAGCCAUAAAUAGACCUCCAGAGAAGAGACAGAGAGUCCCCUCCGCCUACAACCGCUUCAUCAAGGACGAGAUCCAACGCAUCAAGUCUGUUAAUCCCGAUAUAUCCCACAGAGAAGCCUUCAGCGCCGCUGCCAAGAAUUGGGCCCACUUCCCACAUAUUCACUUUGGUCUCAUGCCUGACCAGACUGCGAAGAAGACAAACAUGCGUCAGCAGUCCUGUGUUUGAGUAGGAAGGAGAGGACGUCCUGAUUAAAGAUGGGUUUUUCGCUUCAGCUAAUGUGGGUGUUUCUCCUUACUAAAGACCAAAGUCUCUACAAGCGUACAGCAGUGGUGGUGGGAGAAAAAUUUUGAAGUAAUUCGGAUGUGUGUCGAAAUUCUAUGUUCGCUCUAAUUUAUUGAUAACCUAUCUGCAAGUUAGGGCUUCGAUCUGUUAAGGUUGACACGUCUAGGUUAAUGUAGUACUUUCUAGAUCGAUGAUCUUCAGUUUCUACCUCUCUUGAAAAACCUAAUAUUGUUGGAAGAACCUAAUCCUUCAAGUAAUUAUGGCAUCACUCACCAGUACUGUAGGCUUUGUAGCUAGCUGCUAAUGAUCAACUAGUUCCCCUAAUUAUCGAUAUUUUGAACUCUUCUUAAUGGUACGUAAUUUAUCUUAUUACUUCUGUUUA